GACCAGGGAGGGAUUGUACAAUUUUCACUCUUAAGCACGAGUGACACGGACUGCGUGCGGAGUUAAGAAACAGGUCAUUCCGAGCAUCUCCACCCAAGUGCUGCGAGCGGUGGACCAGCUUUGAGCUCAAGAUAAAUUCCCAUUCUCAAAGGAGCUGGCGGACAGUCUCUGGCUUUUUUCAGCCUCUUUCCCCUGAUGUGUUAAAGGGGAUUCUUUCUUGGUGAGGACAUUGUGCUGACGUUGGAUCCCACAAUCUGCAGAGAAAGUUAUUCAUCAAGACUGCGUUUCUCAUCCUUUUUUGUCCCCACUAUUAAGAAAACAUGCCUCGAUCUUUCCUCGUGAAGAAGUAUUUCACCAACAAGAAGCCGAAUUACAGCAAGCUCGCAAAACAAGCUGACUCGCUGCCGCCUGUCCUGCCAGAGAGGUACCCGCUGGUGGAGCUCCCAGCUGGGGAGAACGGCUCCGUCUCUUACUCCGCCUGCCUGGUGUGGGAUGUGGGGAUCAUCCCGAACCUCUACCCCUCGGAGACCAGCCCCUCUGCGGCCGACCCCAUGGAGGUGAGCUCCCAGUCCAGCUGCAGCGAGGAGGACGAGGGGCGCACCUCGGACCCCCCCAGCCCCGAGCCCACGGACCGAUACCCGUGCCCCCGCUGCAGCAAGACCUACAGCACCCCCUCCGGACUGUCCCGCCACCAGCUGUCCCACGCUGGGGAGAAUGAAGGGUUUGUGGUCCCCCGGCCAGCCUUGCGCUGUAAGCACUGCCCCAAGGAGUACAGCAGCCUGGGAGCGCUGAAGAUGCACAUCCGCUCCCACACCCUGCCCUGUGUGUGCACCACCUGCGGGAAGGCCUUCUCCAGACCCUGGCUGCUGCAGGGACACAUUCGAACCCAUACCGGCGAGCGCCCGUUUUCUUGCCCGCACUGCAGCCGCGCCUUUGCCGACCGCUCCAACCUGCGCGCCCACCUGCAGACCCACUCCGAGGUGAAGAAGUACCAGUGUAGCGGCUGCUCUCGAACCUUCAGCCGCAUGUCCCUGCUCCACAAGCACACGGAGACCGGCUGCUGCUCCUCCACCUAGGAAAAGCUCGCCUGCCUGAGGACUGCUGGGCCACUUGUGCCUGCCUUUAACAAACAGACCUGCCCCCCCCCCCCUCCUCCUCCACCACCUAUCAUGACCUUCAACCUUUGACCCCUCUACCCCCCCUAUCGAGUGACUCACGGUGUCAGUGGCUGCCAGGCUUGUCAUGUGAGACACCCACAGAUUCGGCACUGUGAAGGAGGACAUAGACGGCUAAUAUACUGGAUGUGGAAUGUCCUAGCUGAAAUGGAUAACUGUGUAAUCGAGUCGAGCUUUUACUGCAGUCGGUCUUGGGUUUUUUUUUCCUUCUGGUAAAAAAAAAAGAACUUCUCAAAUCUGACCCGCAUCUGUCUGAGUCUGCCUGUUGUUUUAAGGAAAUUUCAAUAUCGUUCAUGAAUACAGUCUCUUUCAUAGAAAGGUACAGUGAGUAUUUGUGUUUUAUUAAGUUUUCGAACGGGGCUCGGACAGCGCGACUGUUCGAAUGUGGCAAUCCGGGGCUCACAAUGAGACAGCUGCUCUCCAGUGUGUCAGGGGCAGCGCACACUAAGGAAUUUAUUGGGACAGCUGCCUCCUAACGCUGAGUGGAGGCUGGGCGCUGACAGGUGCACAGUCAGUGACCUUCGCAGGACUGCUGACAGGUGACUUCCUGUGAAUUCUCUGCUGGAAAGCAAAUAAGAAGAAGUAAAACAGUGGUGGGAGUGGGAGAAGUGGGGAUUAAUUGUGUGUGACUUACAGCCGUCCUCUCUUGUCUUGGACAUUUCUGAACAAUAUCCCGGGACACUUUUAACUGCCUGUCUAAAGAAGUCCACCUGUCUCAACCCCUGAAAACCCACGCUUCCUGGUGGCCGUUUCAUGUCUUUCACCAACGGCUUUCUUUUCAGGCUGCUACGGCACAUUAUUUAAGAUCUAUCCUGGUCAAGUGCAUUUUAUUUAAAACCAUUGUCGUUCAGAAAAGAAACACCCACAACCACAAAGCCAUAGGACUAAUGACAGGAAAUAAGUAUGUAACAGUUACUAUUUAAACUUCUCUUGAAACAUAAGAUAAACUGUAAAUCAAAAUAUUGCUUGCUGUGCUUUUUCAGUAUUUGAUAUACUGUAAUUUCAAAACCAUUCCCUUUGAAAUAACAAGGGUGUGCCUUCUGUUACCUCGAAUGGUGUAUUCCCUGGUGCCAUUUCUUAAAUACUUUGUUAGUCUUAUCAUUUUGCAGUAUUAGAAUUUGUUUUAAGGAAGGUGUAUUAAUAAAGGUAGCAGAGCUGGACCUGCU